ACGGCAUGAUUAUACCUUUUUUAAAUAAAACGAAAUCGAAAAAAAAAAAAAACUAACCAAAAAAUCAAGAGGCAACGCUUGAAAAUUGGAACAAAAGGUAUGCUUUGUACAUAAUUACAUAUCAUUAUUUUGCCAUUUAAGUACCAGGCAUUUAUAAUUUUAUGCCCAUAGAAAGUAUUUGCUCUGAAUUUUGAAUCUAUAUACUUAUAUGUUUGAAUUCAAUGAGUUUCUGGCUUCAUUUUGUUCAAUUUUAAAAUACUUAAUUUUUUCUUAUCUAUUAAAAUUGUUUUUCUUACAUAUAGACUCAUUAAAGAAACGUGAAAAAACGAAAACAAGAUUGGUCAGGAGUCAAAGAAAUAGGUAUGAUUUCAAUCAAUGAUUAGAUUUUUAAGUACUAGCCCUAUAUAUGUAUAUCUAUGCCGCCGGGUACAAAGUGAUUAAGUCAAAAAGUUGUAAUCUUCGGGUUUUCAACAAUAAACACUUUAUUCUCUUUCAUUGCGCAUCAAAAACAUAAAGCUAGAGCAAAUCAUUUCUAUAAAAAUAAACCGAUCUGUACUGAAAACCCCUUUGUACCCAGCGCAAAAGUCAUAAGAAUUUGUCCACCGAAAAGCUUUAAUUGUUUUUUUUUUUUUUACUUUUGGGAGCUGAUAACUCAGCAGCUUCACAAAGUCCAAACUCAUUUUACAUGAACUCAAUUCGAAGACCAAUUUGACCCAGUUACUUACUUACGUGGUUCAUUUUGUUCAAUUUUAAAAUACUUGUUUUUUUUUUUAACUCUAUUAAAAUUUUUUCCCUAUACUUUACAUAUAGACUCAUUAAAGCCGAUCAACAAUUUAAAAAUCACCAUUCCUUGACGUAAAAUAAGACCCAAAACAAGAGCUGAUAGAAGAAACGUGAAAAAAACUUCAACAACAUUGGUCAGGAGAUAAAGAAAAAGACUCAUUAAAGCCGAUCAACAAUUUAAAAAUCACCAUUCCUUCACGCAAAAUAAGACCCAAAACAAAGCUGAUAGAAGAAACGUGAAAAAACUUCAACAAGAUUGGUCAGGAGUCAAAGGUCAACAAGUUGAAAAUGCAUUGCGUUAUCUGCUCAGAAGAAUUUAAUUGCUUAAAAAAAUUAUUCAUGCAUUUGAAAAUUCUACAUGGUUGUGAUAAAAAAAGCAAUUUGAAAUGCUUUGACAAAUCAUGUCAACAAAUAUUUAAUGGAUUAUCUUCAUACAAAAGACAUUUAGGGGUCGUACAUGGCAGAGGUCGUAAAAAUGUUUCCUACAGAAACCGAGAUGCAAAGGGUGUGCGACGAGCUGAAACAAAACCGGGACUGGGAAAAAGUUACUAAACAAUGGAAACAAACUAUGCCAUUCAGGAGGGAUAUGAUUUCCCAAAGCUCUGACAUUGACCUCCAGACAGUCCUUCAGGAGUGGCCGCUUUACAAAUAUUCACGAGCGCCAGAACUGAUUGCCAUGGAUUACAAUUUUAUAAAACCGAAUAAUGGGCUCGACUUCACCAAAUGGGAACAAUUUUCGAAAAUAGCCCUAGAAUUGUUCACAGCGAGGAUCAAGUGCAGCGCUCUUAAAUCAUUCCUCAAUGAAUUCAGGGAGAAUAUUGACGACCUUGACAUAGAUAACGUCAAUAUUGGCUAUGCAACUCUGUUACAUGGAGUGUUGCCUCCAUCAUCGCAGCAGUUUAAUGGUAAAUUGAAGAAAUUUACAAUUGAAGAUUCAAAAUCAUCUUUCACUCUGGAAGUGGAAUGUGCAGGCCAGGUCGAACCUAUGCUAAAAAUAAAAAGGGAGGAAUGUUUAAAAUCGAAAACAAAACUUCAGCCCCUAAUAAUUGUUGUUGGUGAGAGAUUUCAUUAUAAUAAUUUUUAUGUGUCCUUGGACAAUAUUAUGUUUAAAUUAGAUACUUAUUUGGACUGCAUUAUUUUUUAUUUAAAGCUCGUUUAUGUAUUAAAUAUUCAAUACCCUCCACAGUGUUUUUCGGUAUGGGUUUUUAUACAAAUGUUUUUCUUUAAUAUUCAAGACGGUAAAAAAAUACCUUCUGUUUCAACUUUACUAAAUGAUAUAAAUGCAUUAAUUAAUUAAAUUAUAUCAAUGUAUUAUUUUGUACAGUCCAUGUUCUACAUAUACAGUACUGGACAAAAUAAAAUACGCACUAUCCGAACUUUCUUAUUUAUGCUUUUCUCGCUCCCCAAGUCAUCAAUAAAAUAUUCUAAAGUAGUGAUUAAGAAAGUCUAAUACUAUCCUUAUACG